AUGCUCUGGCUCUUUGAGUCGGGCAAUUGGAAUGAGAACAAUUUAAAUCCCUUAACGAGGAUCAAUUGGAGGGCAAGUCUGGUUGAAUUCGUCACAUUAUACUUUUUACGGCAUCUCCCAGAUGGUUUGUUGGUGGAAGGCAUGGUUAUUCAGCUGUUCACCCGUUACCAAUUCCGGUUUCGGCCCCCGGGGGGGUUCGAACCCGCAAUCAGCGACUUGGAAGUCAGCUUACUGCGCCACUACACCAGGGGUCCACCCCUGGAGGGCAAGUCUGGUGCCAGCAGCCGCGGUAAUUCCAGCUCCAAUAGCGUAUAUUAA